CGAAAACACCCGUGGGUGACCUUUGCGGCACAUCUGAAUUUACGGCAGCUUGACCUUCACUCAUCACUGUGACUAGCCGUUGGCACAAAUUGCCUUGUUCUGACAAUGUAAAUUCAUACUACACCCUACUUUAUCUUUUGUUUCCGUACUACUGUUCAACACGACUCUGAUCCCUUUUUCGGGCAUCUGAGUUUCAUUUUACGGUAUACAACAUAAAAACUAUAUCAACCAGCUAUAAAAGUGAUGUGUAUUCUUCGGAACGAUAAUUUGAGUCAUUCAGUUUGGAGAAACUCAUGUCUUAAUCAUACUAUAAUAUCUAAGCCUUUCACAAUUUAAGGUAGUCUUUGAAGAGUUCUAUGAUAAUGCUGUAUAUGACCUUAAAACUUGGCGAAGCUUAAGGAUGUUUUCCCUGUAUUCCUGGUUGAAGCCUUUGAGAACACGGGCAAUUGCUAAGAAUAUACGCACGUUCUUGAGUACAACAGUAGAGCCUAUUUCAAAGCCGGAAAUAAAGCGAAACUCGAUUUUCAUUAACAACAACUGGGUAGAGUCAUCUAGUGGAAAAACCUUCAACACUAUCAAUCCAGCAACGGGUAAAGUAAUAUGUCAAGUUUCAGCAGGUGAUGAGGUUGACAUAGAUAGAGCAGUUAAAGCAGCUCGUAAAGCAUUCGAAUUCGGUUCCGAAUGGCGUACCAUGGAUGCAUCAUAUCGUGGUGUACUGCUCAACAAACUGGCUGAUCUUAUUGAACGUGAUAGAGUUUAUUUGGCUUCUCUGGAAACAUUGGAUAAUGGAAAACCAUUUACUGAUUCAUUUCAUAUUGAUCUAGAUUUAGUGAUCAAAUGCUACAGAUAUUAUGCUGGUUGGGCAGGAAAAUAUCAUGGUAAAACUAUACCAAUCAAUGGAAAUUACAUGUCAUUCACAUGUCAUGAACCAGUUGGUGUAUGCGGACAAAUUAUACCAUGGAAUUUUCCACUUCUUAUGCAAGCAUGGAAACUUGGUCCAGCAUUAGCAAUGGGUAAUACAGUGGUUAUGAAAACAGCAGAACAAACUCCAUUAUCUGCUAAUUGGGUAGCUGAAUUAAUUAAAGAAGCCGGUUUCCCACCUGGUGUAGUAAACAUUGUUCCAGGAUUCGGUGAAACUGCUGGUCAUGCUCUAGUUGUUCAUCCUGAUGUUGAUAAAAUUGCAUUUACCGGUUCAACAACUGUAGGACAAUUGAUUGGUCAAAAUGUUUACAAACACGGUGUGAAACGGAUCACAUUAGAACUUGGUGGAAAAAGUCCGCUAAUUAUUUUCAGUGAUGGUGAUUUUGAUCGAGCCAUAGCUACUUCACAUUUUGGCUUAUUUUUCAAUCAAGGCCAAUGUUGUUGUGCAAGUUCUCGUAUAUUUGUUGAAGAAUCAAUCUAUGAUAAGUUUGUUGAAUAUAGCAGUGAAGAAGCUAAAAAACGUAUUGUUGGUAAUCCUUUCGAUUUAAAUACAACACAAGGUCCACAAGUUGAUGAACAUCAAUUUCAAACAGUUAUGUCGUACAUUGAAUCUGGUAAGAAAGAAGGUGCUAAAUUAUGUGCCGGAGGUAAACAGUUUGGAUCAGAUGGUUAUUUCAUUCAUCCUACGGUUUUUGCUGAUGUUCAAGAUGAAAUGCGCAUUGCUCGUGAAGAAAUAUUUGGACCUGUAAUGCAAAUUAUGAAGUUUCGAUCAUUAAAUGAAUUGAUUGAUCGAGCAAAUCAUACACAUUAUGGUUUAGCAGCUGGUAUAUUUACCAAUAAUUUAGAAAAAGCUAUGCAUGUAAUGCAACGUUUACAAGCUGGCACUGUUUGGAUAAAUUGUUAUGAUGUUUUUGAUGCUGCUGCACCGUUUGGUGGUUAUAAAUUUUCUGGUGUCGGUCGAGAAUUAGGUGAAUAUGGUUUACAAAAUUAUACAGAAGUUAAAACGGUCACUAUGCGUAUGCUUUAGAAGAAUUUUCUAAGCGAACACAAUAUAACUAUGGUUUGCUUAUUUUUGCUAUGCUCUUCACUACAUCUAUUACUUGUAAUAUUGAUAUUCAAUUGAAAUUUCUGACCGAUGAUGAAAGAGGACUGUUGUAGUAAGAUCUUGAUUUAAUUGUAAACAUGCUUCUUUUUCU